AUGGCAUCCCCAGCUUCGAAGCCCUGGAAGAGAGCAAGCCAACUUGCAAAACACCUGUCGCUCUUAUUGGACGACAAAGCCCCCCCUUUCGAGGAUGUCGAUAACUUAAUCGAACAGUAUGUCCUCACAUCUCUCUCGCAUAUCCAGCCUCGUCCUCUGCGCAAAGCCCAGUAUUCAACAUUGUACAAUUUUGAUGGCCGAUUCAGCCUGUCACAUUGCGCCCCUAUGCUUUCUGUCCAAGAUGAGCCAGCAAUCUUAUCACAAACUAACUUCUCUAGGUUGCGCCUUGCCUGUGAAGCUACUAUCCUAAUCGACAUUGAGUUCGCCCACGAACAUGAGGUAGAGAAAUGUCUCUGGGACUCCCACAUCAGGAUCAAUCAGCGGUAUCGAAAGCGGGUCGAUCACUACAAGCAAGAGGGUCCGAAGAAACAUGUAGUCGAGCGACGCAAGUUGGAGAAGCGCUAUGCAGACUUCAUCAAGACAAGCCAGUUUUUCUACAAAGGAUAUAUUCAGCGCCUGGCAUCACGGUUUGAGGGCAUGAAAGAGUUGCGCCGGAUUGCGCAUCGACUGUCGCUAGAUACUCAAUCUGUCGAUCAACGGAUUCAGGUUUCCCCAGAUAUCGAACAUCUGAUUGACAAUUCCUGUUAUGGCACCCUUCUUCGCCUCGGCGAUCUCUCUCGCUAUCGCAACCACCUGCGAACCAAGGAUCGAAGCUGGGCGGCCGCUUUGGGCUACUAUGAGUUGGCAAACGAUUUCUUACCUGACGAUGGCACUGCUCACAAUCAGAUGGCAGUUGUCGCUCUCGCAGACGGAAAUCACCUGGAUGCAGUCUACCAUCUUUACCGAGCCCUCGCUAUUAAGAAGCCAUUUGACCUGGCAAAGGGAAAUCUUGAGAUUGAAUUUAAGAAGAUCAAAACAUCUCAAGAGAAACAGCGUGUUCCACCCAAGACGGACACCCUGAGUACUUUGGUCUGGUGGUUUGUUUUACUGCAUGCUAAGUUCUAUGAUGGGGUUGAUUUCCAAACUCAUGAGGAGCUUGAAAAUGAAGUUCUUUCUCGUCUUACCCUGCUACUCAAGGAGGAGUCAUUUGAAGAGACACUCGAGAAGGUGGUCCUCAUCAACCUUUCCGCCGAAUCUUUUGCUGGGCAGCGUAUCAAAGAUGCAGCAGGAAGUGCGAGCUCGGAGCUCAUCCGUUCAUACUACUUCUUCCUCACCUUGAAUCUUCGCAUGAACUUCAUGCUUCUACAGGUAUUGCAGCCAGAACUUGAGGAUCAACCAUCUGGUGAAGACCUUCCUGCUGGAACCGAUGCACCUACAAGAAUCUCUUUGGGAGAGAAGGUCACAGCAGUAGCUCGCAGAGUUCUCCCAGCGCUCCGCCAGUAUAGUGUUUGGCUCGCUUCCCAGGCUACUGUGAUCAUUGCCAGUGAUGAGAUAGGCCCCGUGGUCAUCCACGCGAAGGAGAUGUGGAAGAUGUAUGCCGACGUGCUUACCCGACUUGCCCAUUUCUUCCCGGUCGACAGUCUUCGUUCGGUCAAUUACUUGUUGGAGGAGGAUGAAACCACCGUCGGCUUCAAGCCGUUGCGUGACCCAACACUUCCUGGCGCUUGCAACCUAUUCGUUGAAGAUGAUGGUGGCUUGAAGUUGCACAUCACAGACCCAGGCACGAAGAGAAGCCUUCCCAACGAGGAAAUGCAGGCUCGUGUCCGAGACAUCAUAAUUUGUGCCCUAGUUCUACACCAAGAUGUCAAGUGUCCUAUCAUUCUUGAACCAGAGACGGCAGCCUUUAUGUUCAUCGAGGAAGGCUUGGCAAUGGCUAGCCCUUCAAGUCCAAUCCAAUAUCAAGAAUCGACACCUUCGGAGAGACCUCUACCAAACAGCAGUUACCCGACCGCUUCUUUUGAGAGCCACCAACAAAGCAGCAAUAACUUCGCUGUUCCGGAAACAGUUCGCAGAAACAUAGCUGUAAUACCAGCUGAAAGUGUUGCAGCUUCCGAUUCAUACAACAGCAUUGACAUUUCCAUGAACCACAUGGUAGAUAGCCUUGUUGAGCCAUCCGGUAGCAAGCAGACCGCAAGUAACGAGACGUCCUAUGGUAUGCAUAGUCGCACCGCAAACGAGGUUUUUGCUCCCAUUGGCACCAAUGGUUUCAGGUCUCACCAGGUUCAGAGUUCACCCAAGAUGUUACCGAGUCUCCCGGGUUUGUGGAACUCGGCCUUUACACCUCGGCCAAACGAACUCCAGUCAACUAGCCCUCGUCAUUAUAGCACAGGACGUCAAAUGUCACCUAUGCCGCUUUCUAAUAAGCAAGAACAAUUGGAGGCUGCUGGGCACCUUGAAAGAGUCACUGGGUACCGGCGAUCCUCAAAGGAACGUCUGGAAAACAUGGUAGAUUCGCAGGAUAUGUGGGGAGGAAAACGGGCAUCCAAUCCAUCAUCCCAGGCGAUCAAUGAAAUUCUGCAACGAAAACUGGCGGAGCAAUUUCAUCCGAUGACAAUCACCUCGUCCAGCUUUUCUGAUUCAAGCAGCCUGUACGCCAACAACACACCACUGGCUCAACAACAACCAAAUGUUCGUGGUAUAAGAGGUCCUUUUGGUCAACUUGCUCCCACCAACACUGCAAACAACAGUACCUUUUAUGCCGGUGGAACUGAUUUCGACACCAAUGCUAUGCUGCGUAGCUCCAUCUGGAAUGGUAGUCAACCUCGCCAUGGCAAUUACUCCCAGACUCCUCCUGGUAAUCAAGGAGGCUGA